AUGUCUGAUGCCUGGCAAGAGAUUCAAGCUGUAAAAAGCAAACGGAAUUCACUACGGGAAAAACUUCAGAAGAGGAAAAUAGAGCGGCAAGUUAUUCUAAAUGAGGCAUCUGAUAAAAUUGUUCCUAGGGGAUCUUUAUUGCCAAGUACGAGUAAUGCAGAAAAUGAAUCAGAUUUUGAUUGGAGCAAAGUGGGCGGCGAACGUGUAUUACUUGAAAUACUCGUUGAUGUAUCAGUUAAUCUUCCGAUCACAUCUCAUCAAUUAGUGACUGAUCUUUUAAAAAAAGAGUCUACCUACAUAUCACAUUCAUCUGUUGUUAAUUUGCUAUACAAAUUUGCUGCACAAAAUCUUAUAAGCUUAAAAAAUAUUACAAUUGAUGGCCAGCAAGGUUUGAAAAUAUUAACAGCUGAACAUUCAAAAUUACUUGCAAUGACUAAUAAUUUAUCAUCAGAGGUUGAUUCAAAUUUGCAUCUUGAAAAAUCUCGCUUACUGAUAGAAGAUAAAAUCAAACAGCUUGAAUAUGAAGAUAUUGAUGAAUGUUUAAAAAAUCCAAAAGUACAAAAGUUAUCAAUUGAUUUUAAAAAGUCUGAUGAGUCUGAUGAUGACAUAAUGUCCCUUAUUUCAAUGCCUUCCAUUAGAGAAAAAGAAAUUAAAAAAAUUAGUGAAGAAAUAAUGGAACUUCUUACCAAACAAACGGUUAAAGAGAAAUCUUUAUGUGAAAAAUUUCGGUCUAAAGGAGGAACACAUGUUAUGGAAUUUUGUCCACACGGUACUCGAUCAGAUUGCAUGGAAGGACAUGUUUGUAAAAAGCUUCAUUUCAAAAAAAUUAUCCAAAUGCAUACUGAUGAAACUUUAGGUGAUUGUUCUUUUCUAAACACUUGUUUUCACAUGGAUACUUGUAAAUAUGUUCACUAUGCAGUUGAUGGUGUAACUAGUAAAGUGAAUUUAGUAAACGCCCUUAAUAGUUUUCCAUCCAAAAAAGGGUUGAUUAAUGGUAAUUAUGAAUUGCUUCCAUGUCAGUGGAUUCAGUGUGAUUUGAGGUUUAUGGAUUUCACUUUUUUAGGAAAAUUUGCUGUUAUUAUGGCUGAUCCACCAUGGGAUAUUCAUAUGGAACUUCCUUAUGGUACAUUAUCUGAUGACGAAAUGCGGCGAUUGGGUAUUCCACAAUUGCAGGAUGAAGGACUUAUAUUUUUAUGGGUUACUGGACGAGCUAUGGAGCUCGGCAGAGAAUGUCUAAAAUUAUGGGGUUAUGAACGAGUAGACGAGAUAAUUUGGGUGAAAACUAAUCAGUUACAAAGGAUAAUAAGGACUGGCCGAACAGGUCACUGGCUGAAUCAUGGCAAAGAACAUUGUUUGGUGGGCAAGAAAGGCAACCCUCCCAGUUUGAACUGUGGUUUGGAUUGUGACGUUAUAGUUGCCGAAGUACGAGACACUAGUCACAAGCCUGAUGAAAUAUAUGGUAUUAUAGAACGAUUGUCACCCUUUACUAGAAAAAUUGAGUUAUUUGGACGGUCUCAUAAUAUUCAACCCAACUGGAUUACACUUGGAAAUCAGGUAGAAGGUAUCAGGCUAACUGAUCAAGAUCUCAUAACAAAAUUCAGAAAAGCAUACCCAUCAGGAAAUUGUUUGACAACAUUAAAGAGGAAUACAUGA